GAAAGUGCGCGCAUGCGUGUCGGGCUCUCUGAGGCUUCGCGUCUUGAGCGUAGAGCCACCGUGACGUCAUCGUCAAUGGACGGCUGGAGCGCCUGGGCGCUACUGCGCAGCUGCGGGUUUGAAAGUCAGCUCUGCGCGUAUAGAGGGAAUAGUCUUAACAUCCAUAAUGUUGUACGCGACUAUUGGAGCUGUUCGAAUAGCAUCUGGGAUCCGAAUUCCAGUUGCCUGCAGCAUGGGAACACUAGCUGCUAAAAUGUCAAAAUACAGAAAAAUGUGGAAGCCAUUUGAGCCAAAGGAUUGGUUAAUGCAAUAUCAAGAACGCUAUAUACCUUUAUCCAAGGGCCAACUUGUACAGCAUCUAAUUCAGGACAUUCACUGUGAUAACUCCGAAAGACGCUCUUUCUUGUCCUUUGUAGACCAGCUGGAGCUCAGCCUUCUUCAGCCCUACCACUCCACCCUUGAAGCACUUCAGUUACUGUAUGAUCCCAUUAACCCAGACCGUGAUGCGAUAUUCGAGGUACCUUUAAUGGAUUCCGAGAAACUCCUUAAAGAAAAAGAGGUCUUGGACCAACUGCAGCCAGUGUUGGAUCAGGCCAAUUUCAACGUUCUGUCAGAGGAUGCCCUAGCGUACGCACUCAUUGUUCAUCACCCUCAGGAUGGGGUACAGGUCUAUGUGAACCUUGACAAAUAUGAAUAUAUACGGUUCUGGGCCCUCGGACAGAGACUGGGACCCCUAUCCACUCAGAUGAACACCAGUCCCAAGAGUUCCUUCUUUUCCAGGUCUCCUCGCACCCCACCAGAAAGGCGCUACUUUAAAAGAGUCCUUGUGGCAGCCCGUCCCAGGAAUGGCCACAUGGUCUUAAAAUGCUUCAAGGACAUCCCUCUCGAAGGUUUGGAGCAGCUGCUUCCUGUGGUGAAAGUUCGCACUUCCAGAUUUGAUCGCACCUUGCUCAACACUAUGCUGCUCGUCAGCGGAGGAAUUGUAUUUGUCAACGUGGGCAUGGUCGUCCUCACAGAUCUGAAAAUUGGAUCUUCUUUACUCCUGUUCCUCUUUGCCGGAUUCAUGACAUUUCGUGCUUGGAAGGUGUUCUCUCAGCGUCGGAAUGUGCAUUCACUGGAACUGGCACACAUGCUGUAUUACAAAAGCACUUCCAAUAACUCUGAACUGCUCGGCGCCCUCACUCUCAGGGCUCAAGAAGAACAAGCUAAGGAGGUGAUCUUGGCUCAUAGCUUCUUGAAAAAACUCAACCUUCCAAGAGAAGGGAAUGAAGCAGAGGAUCCAAAAACAGUUGCACAAGUCAAGGAGCAAGUGGAAGCCUGGCUGAAAUCAAAAUCAGGACUAGAGAUCACAUUUUCUGCUCAGCGUGCGCUCCAUUAUAUGAAUAAUUUAAGUGAAAAAAACAAAGAAAUGCCUCUACCAAAUAGUUCGGAGAAGCUGACGUGAGGCCACUGCCCAUUUGAAGGGAAUCAAAGAUAUCUUUUGUGAUACUUGGUUCAGUGAAGAAACUUGCACUUCUUUUUCUUUGUAUGAUCCAUGCUGCUGUUGCGUCUGGUGACUGCACCCCAAGGGCUCCUUGGAUCUGAAUUUCACUGCCAUUUCCUAAAAGUCACCUUGGACUCUUAAAACUGACUUGUGAGCAUGGCAAUCUCUAUGCUUGUGCUUGUCUACUCUGCUGCUACUGCUUGUAUGUUUUGCAACAUUAUUUAUUCUGAUGUGACUGACUGACUGUAAGUAUAAAACAAUGUCAAGUGCACAUGAGUGGGUGGGUUUUGAGCUCAGAUUGUAUUUGCUAUUACUUAUUGUUUUAAAGGGGUGGUUCACCUUUGAGUUAACUUUCAACAAGUUAUAGAACGGCCAGUUCUAAGCAACUUUCCAAUUGGUCUUCAGUGUUUAUUUUUUAUAGUCUUUUAAUUAUUUACCUUAUUCUUCUGAAUCUUUCUAGAUUUCAAAAGGGGGGUCAUUGACCCCAUCUAAAAAC